GUUUCUCACAAUCCACUUCCGGCGGUCAAAAUGGCUGCGUUGGGUUUGUUACGAAAGACGACAGCGUCGACUUUUCGUCGGUCCUUACUUAAAACAACACCAGCUACUGUUUCUGUCAGGAAUGCCCAAUGGGUGCCUGAUAAAGAUGUCAUCAAAGAUUUCAAGUCACCCAUUGGUUUCUAUAAAGGGGCUGACCAAAAUUGGGUUGCCCCAGACUUCUCUACCACAGUUUAUACAGAGAAGGGCAUUAAAGGUAUGGAGGUAAACUUUGGACCUCAACACCCGGCCGCCCACGGCGUGCUACGACUUCUGCUUAGUAUGGAUGGAGAAACUGUCGGUAGAGCUGAUCCCCACAUUGGCCUGCUGCACCGAGGCACAGAGAAGCUGAUAGAAUACAAGACCUACCUCCAGGCACUCCCUUACUUUGAUCGUCUUGACUACGUGUCCAUGAUGUGUAACGAACAGUGUUUCUCGCUGGCUGUAGAGAAACUCCUCAACAUUGAGAUACCUUUACGAGCCAAGUAUAUACGUACGAUGUUUGGGGAGAUUACACGUAUCCUAAACCACAUCAUGGGUGUGGGUACGCAUGCACUUGAUGUGGGCGCCAUGACACCAUUCUUCUGGCUUUUCGAGGAGAGAGAAAAGAUGAUGGAGUUCUACGAGAGAGUGUCUGGAGCGAGAAUGCAUGCAGCCUAUGUCAGACCAGGAGGCGUGUCUCAGGAUUUACCCCUUGGACUUUUGGACGAUAUAUACGACUUUAUCGAAAAGUUCAACCAGAGACUGGACGAGGUGGAGGAACUCCUCACACAAAACAGAAUUUGGAAACAGAGGACGGUAGAUGUCGGAAUAGUUUCUUCUGAGGAUGCCCUAAACUUUGGGUUCAGCGGUGUGAUGUUGCGUGGCUCGGGUAUCAAGUGGGAUUUGAGGAAGACACAGCCGUAUGAUGCCUAUCAUCUGGUCGACUUUGACAUUCCCAUCGGUACGACUGGUGAUUGUUAUGACAGAUAUUUAAUUCGACUGGAGGAAAUGAGACAGAGCUUGAGAAUUAUCCAUCAGUGUAUGAACCAGAUGCCUGAAGGCGAGAUCAAGGUGGAUGACAACAAGAUUGUACCCCCAAGUCGAGCUGAGAUGAAGUCGUCUAUGGAGGCCCUUAUACACCAUUUCAAGCUAUACUCUGAGGGUAUGCGUGUACCACCCGGUUCCACUUACACGGCUAUAGAGGCCCCCAAGGGCGAGUUUGGAGUGUAUUUGGUAUCGGACGGUACAAACAAGCCUUACAGAUGUAAAAUCAGGGCCCCUGGAUUCGCACAUCUGGCGGCGUUGGAUGCAGUCAGUAAGAGACAUAUGUUGGCCGAUGUCGUCGCCAUUAUUGGUACCAUGGACAUAGUGUUUGGUGAGGUGGACAGAUGAGGAGCGACUGACUGGGUCGGAGACUGACCAAGUCUGAUACUGACCAGUGUGUAUGGAGGUGUGUGUUAACUGUUGCUUGUUCUGAUAUUAAUCUCUCUACCCUGUGAUCCACAGUGGACAGGUUCACAUCAAAGGACCCUGGAACCCUCCACUAUUUGAAAGGGGAGUGAGGGUUGUAGAGACAUGUGCUAGAUACCACUGUGAUAAUAUGUAAAUGUGGUGAAGAGGUACUACAGAGGAAUAAUCUCCAAUGAUUACAGGAGCAGAAACAGACAAGAGACAUGGGCGGGGGACUUCUAUUUUAAAUGUAUUGGGGGUAGGAAGAUUCAUUAAUACGAGCAAUACAAGAGAUAAGGUUUAUAUUAAGGAAACUUUCAUCUUAUCAAAUUGCCAUCUUCUUGUCUCAUGGAUGCCAAAGGGUCAAUAUGCCAUGAAUAUUCAGAAUUUCUCUGGUCAUGCAUAACUUUAUCACUCUGGCAGAGUGUUUAUCAGGCUCCUAUUAAACACAAGUGUAAAGUGAGGUAAUGCAGGUGAAAUUUUGUUGAAUAUCCAUUAAAUAGUAAUUAUUAGUUGAAUAUUCGUCAAGUAGUUAUUUGUUGAAUAUUCAUCAAGUAAUUAUAAGUUGAAUAUUCAUUAGGCAAUUUUUCUUUGAAUAAGCAGAGCACAUUGACCUGUGGUGUUAAUAUUUAUAACAGGAUCGAGAGUCAAUAUUCAAAUCGGGCAAAUUAAAUGUAAUCGCAAAAUAUGAAAAUACCAAUGCAACUGUAGGUCCUUAUGAUUUCAGGUCACUUUAAAUAGAACUUAUAGGAAUAAGCUACCAGUAUAUUAAUGGAUAAGUUUCAGUUGCCCUUUCAAUGGUCCAUUAUAAGGUUUGAACAAUUGUAUGAGAGUGACACUUAAAAAUAAGACAAACAUGCUGAUAGAUGCCUCUGUUCUUUAGUUUGAAUAAAAUUAAAUAAAACUUGACAAUGAAAAAGCA